ACUUCCGGUUGUGGACAGUGUUGUGGCUGCAGUGCCAGCUGCUGUCUGAUUGACGGAACUGCAACAAGAGAAACAAGAUUGGUCUUGUAAGGUGUAUAUGUCAUACUUUUAUUGCCAUUGCUGUAGUGUAAAUCGUCUUGGUAAUGUAAGUGGAAAUGAGAAGAUUAACUCAGACAACAUCACUCGCAUUUUGGAUCGACUUUUGGAUGGUUAUGACAACAGACUGCGACCUGGAUCUGGAGGUGGUGUCACAGAGGUGAAAACAGACAUCUUUGUCACCAGCUUUGGACCCGUUUCAGAUGUUGAGAUGGAGUUCACCAUGGACAUGUUCUUCCGUCAGAUGUGGGUUGAUGAGCGGCUAAAAUUCGAGGGCCCCACUGAAAUCCUCCGACUGAACAACCGCAUGGUGGACAAGAUCUGGACGCCAGACACCUUCUUCCGAAACUCCAAGAAGUCCAUUUCUCAUAACACAACAUCGCCUAACAAACUAUUCCGCAUCAUGCAGAACGGGACUGUCCUCUACACCAUGAGACUGACAAUCAGCGCAGAGUGUCCAAUGAGGCUGAUGGACUUCCCUAUGGACGGCCACGCCUGUCCCCUCAGGUUUGGAAGCUAUGCUUACACAAGCAGUGAAAUCGUGUUCACUUGGAGGAAGGGGCCAAUAGCAUCUGUCGAGUGUCCCCCGGAGUCCAUGAGUCUUCUGCAGUAUGAUCUGGUGGGACAGACGUUGUCCACUGAGCUAUUCAAAUCCAACACAGGUCAAUACUCUGUGAAGGUGGUCCAUUUCCACCUCCAGAGGAAGCUGGGCUACUAUCUCAUUCAGACUUACAUCCCUCUAAUCAUGGUUGUUGUGCUGUCACAAGUCUCGUUUUGGAUCAACAAAGAGUCUGUUCCUGCACGCACAGUUGCUGGCAUCACCACAGUGCUGACCAUGACUACCUUGAGCAUCAGCGCCCGAGAGUCACUUCCCAAAGUAGCGUAUGCCACCGCCAUGGAUUGGUUCAUUGCUGUGUGUUUUGCCUUUGUGGCGUCGGCUCUAGUCGAGUUCGCAGCAGUAAACUACUUUGCCACCCUCCAGGCCCACCGUCUGAAGAAACAGAAAGCUAGACAAGACAAGCUUGAGGUUUUGGCUCAAAACAGCGAGGAUGGAGACACAGUUUCGUUGGACAGCAGCCCUCAGGAAAGCCUGAAGAGGAGAAACCACUCAGUGUGUCGCAGUGAGCCAGGAGAUGCUCCACCGCUGCCGAUUUUCCUCCAGCAGGGCUCAGCUUUUCCCCAAAUCCCUCAGCUGGCCGGCACCAGCCCCAUCGACGCCUACGCCCGUAUCCUCUUCCCCCUGGCCUUCGCCCUUUUCAAUUUAGUCUACUGGUACAUCUACCUGGCCAAGGACAGCAUGGAGAGUGCCAGGGACGUGCAACUUCACAACUAAGAGGACCUGGGAAAGGGCACGUGCAGCUGGAGAGACCUUCAGCAUCCAGCCAGCCUCACCUCACCAUCCUCUGUGUGUGUGUGUGUGCGUGUGUGUGUGUGUAUGAGAACAAGCUCUCAGCAGUCACUCUGCUCUCAUCUGACAGAGGAAAUGAAUCAGAAACUCAUUUAUUCUCCUGCCGCACAUCUAUUCAUUUCACAGGCUGUGACCACUGCCCACUUGUGUUCUGAUCAGUAGCUGAAGAGCUGCCCUUCACGGGCCUCAAUCACUUUAAAGCCCGCCGCGUACACACAACAACUUCUCAGGCCCCCGGACCGAGAUAGACGCCAUACACACACACACAUACAGUAUGCAUGACACUCAGACUCACACACACACACACACACACACAAACCAAGAAACACAUCAAAAAGAAGUGGAUGAUAUAAUCUAUGAUGGCUGUAACUGGUGGUGAUGCAACAGUGAACCAAUGCUUUCAGAAGCCUGCCCUCUACAGAAACACAGCUCCCACUACAACAAGAUCAAAGGCAAUUUAGAAGAGGCUCGCAUCCCUCCCCGUGGCUUCAAAAAUGUACUCAAACCUGAGAAAAUGAAUUGUGGGAUUGUGUUUUCCAUCCCACCUUUCUGCUCUGGCGCUCUGGUGCUCCCUUUGCAUUUCCAGAUCCACUGCAGGUCCUCUGAAGACAUUGCAGGGAAGAGUAGGAUACAAUACCCAUGGGUGUUGAUGACAUUAAUUUUCUAUUUUCGUAUGGAUGGCGCACGAUUGUUGGGCGCAGAUGUUUGUAUGUAAAGUGUCUGCUCUUAUGGGAUGGAGUGAUGUUGGUCUUUUUUUUUUUUUUGUCCUGUAACAUAAAAACUGAAGGAAUAAACUUGAUCUUAACUUGACAUUUAGACCACUUUAACCCUGCAGAGCAUCCCAUUGUUUGACCUUGUCAGGAUAUAGACAAACUUAUCUGCCAUGUAAUAAACGUAAAAAUAAA